GCUCAUUACCACUGUCCCGGGUUUGUCAAUUGGUCUGGUCUCUGAUGCCUAAGAUUGCCCCCUUGCAACAUAGAGAUUUGAGAGUUUUUAUUCUUUUACCAUUCUAAAUUGACAAUUCAAAAAGAAACCCAGAGUUCCAAAGUCCACAAUCCAUCCCAAAUCAAAGCAAAAUAUCCCUCCUAUUCUGGAAUUGUAGGCUGAAAAGUCGAAGUACCGACUGAUGUUUAAAUCGUAUACCUCAAGAUGGUUGAAUAUCAAAUUGAAAUUUUAAAAUAAAUGAGAGAUUGUAAAAUAAACUGGUAUUUAAAUGAACCAGAAAGGGUCAAAUUCAAAUAAGCGGUUGGACCCAUCAAGCUUACCAGCCCCACCUUCAUGCCUUUAAUCCCUCUUAAACGUUGUCCUUCAUCACCCCAACUUUAUAUAUAAAGGUGAAACACCACCACUCUGUAUAUAAUCAAAGCUCUGUUUUAUAUUUUAUCAAGUCUCAGUUACUCUGGGUAGUUAUUUUCGGUUAAAGAAAUGGCAGUUUAUGAUUCCUUCAUAAAGCCAGGGGCUGUUCCUUUUAAGUGGGAGAUCAGACCCGGUGUUCCCAAACAACCACAGAACCCAAAACAGCAACCUCGGCUGCCUCCAUUGCCGCCGCCACCACCACCCUCACCUUUUAUAAACAACCAGCGUUCAUCACCAAAUUUAUCAGGACCACUUUGUCCUCCACAAAAGCUUAAACCUCCACCUGCUGGAUCCUACUUGCUCCUAACUUCGGAGCCCCAAACUCAUUCUUUUAGGUCUACACCACGUUCCCAUUCCGAGCGUUGGCGGUUUGAUCGACCUGUCCAAGUGCAUCUUGAAUGUGUUUCACACGGAUGCUUCCCCUCACCAUUGCUUAGGCGAAAAGGAAGCAAGAGGAGGAGCCAAAAAUCUGAACCUGACUAUGUUUCUGAUCUUGAGACACUGUCGCGGUGGUUGGUGUCAAGUCGGAAGUCACUGUCACCGUUCUAUGGCUCACCGAUGUCUUCCUUUUUAUCUUUUAGGUCAUCGCCCUGACUCGUGGCUGAUGUUGAAUGGGCUAGGUUUGCCCUUUUUUAUGGGGAAAAGAAGAACAAAAAUAGAGUUGGCAUAGCUCUUCUUCAACCAAUCAUGCCUUGCAUUAAUUAAGGUUUUAUGAUUCUCUGUUAAAAUUGGUUAUCAUUUUUCCAUAUAGGUAAAAGUAUUAUAGAAGCCUUUGUAUUAGAAGUUAGAUUGUAUUUUAUCUCAUUUGCUUAAAAAAUGAGCAAAUUAGUAUUUAUACGUUAAAUCAAAAAAUAAAUUGGUCCUUUUUGUUAUAAAUUUUAUUCCUUUGUAUUGUUAAAAACUGACAUGACUGACAAAUUAAUUAGACAGUGACGCUUGGCGUGUCACAUGUACCUCAUUCAGAUGUACAAAAAUAAGUUUUUA